AUGGCCCCCGAAAGCCGCGGAGACCAGAUUAAGGGUGUUGCCAUUUUCUUCCUAGCUCUGACGACUUUUGCUUCCUUACUUCGCGUUUACUGCCGAGCAUGGGUCAUCAAAGCCUUUGCUGUAGAUGACUGGCUUGCAGCCGCUGCCCAAAUCCUCUAUAUUUGCUUCAGCGUAUUUGAAAUUUUAGGUGUCCAUUAUGGCACCGGCCGACAUAUCGGGGACAUUCCCGUUGAAGACAUCUCCAAAGCGAUGCAGAUGUGGUGGACAUGCGAGCCGCUUUACGUGUUGACCAACAUGUGUAUCAAAGCCAGUAUUGCCCUCUUUCUAUUACGAAUAUGUGUUCAUCGGGCACAUGUCAUCACGAUUUGGAUCGUGAUGGGGAUUACACAAGUCUACAGUUUGUUCUUCUUCCUGCUGUUCAUUCUGCAGUGCCGACCUACCUCGCUAUUCUGGCUUCGAUUUACUGCCAACCCUCCAGCGGGAAGCUGCAUGAACCCAGACAUCGCGACUGGCUCGGCCUACGGAUACUCUAUAAUGAGCUGUGUCACAGAUUGGACUCUGAGCAUUCUUCCCAUGUUCAUGGUUUGGAAUCUACAAAUGAGUACCAGAGUCAAGAUCUCGGUCAUUCUGGUUUUGGCUGCCGGUGCCAUUGCAUCAGCUGCUACUAUUGUCCGGCUCCCCUACCUCCCUACACUGGCCGACACCGAGGACUUCCUCUACAGUAGCUCGGACCUCACCAUCUGGUCAACCGUCGAAACCGGCCUCGGUAUCAGUACAGCAGGCUUCGCAACUCUCCGACCGCUGCUACGCGCCUUCUUGGGUGGAGGCUCCUCUGCCCAGACAGGCGACACAUCCGGCCGACAGUGGCAUCGGACCGGCAGCGGCAGAAACGCAACCACUGACGUAUUUGAGAUGGGAGAUCGCCCCGAUGAGCGCUUGGGCCACACGGUGGUCGUCGGGCGCGACGGCGAGGGCAGCGCGAAUGACCGUAAACUCAAUCUAGAGGGCCAGGGAGCGAGAGACAAUGGAUCCGAGACUUCAGACUUGCGUGUGGACGACUGGAACAGCAGCCAGUCUGAUCUUGCUGCCACCAGGCCAGCACGAUCGUCGAAUCCGUGGAGGAUCACAGUCAAGAAGUCGAUAGUCCAGACGAGGGAGGGGUGA